AGUCGCCUACGCCCUAGCCGAUGUUCUGAUAAUACGAAAGUGUGACGAAUGGUGAAAUCUAUGCCUGCUGCUUAGCAAUAAAACAACCAGUGUGUGUGUAUUAACAAAUGGCUGCUUAGAAAUCCAUCGACAUGACAUCGACGCCGAUGGAUAGAAAAUUAGCUUCUGAAAUAGAGUUACAGUUUAUGCGGAGUUUGUUCAUCUUUUUACAGGCGACGAAGGAGUUUCUAGACGCGUUAAGUGAAACGGGCGCCGCGUGCGUGUCGCGGGCCAUCGCGAUCAAGUUUCUGUUGGCGCGCAAAUUCGAUGUCGCGCGCGCGCACACGCUAUGGCGACAGCACGAGGCCACCAGACGCAGGGAGGGCCUCAUCAAGUUCGAGCCGUUUGAAGAUCCCUUGAAAAGCGAGCUUGAAACUGGGAAGUUUACGAUAUUGCCUACCCGAGACGCGACGGGCGCGGCGAUAGCAGUCUUCACUGCGAACAAACACUUUCCCACGCAAACGUCACACCAGACAACUUUACAGGGUCUUGUGUACCAGCUGGACGUGGCGCUGCAGUCGAUCGAGACGCAGCGCGCGGGGCUGGUGUUCAUCUACGACAUGACGGACUCCAAGUACACCAACUUCGACUACGAGCUGUCGCAGAAGAUCCUCACCAUGCUCAAGGGCGGUUACCCGGCUAAACUAAAGAAGGUGCUGAUAGUGACGGCACCGCUGUGGUUCAAGGCACCAUUCCGUAUCCUGCGGCUGUUCGUGCGGGAGAAGCUGCGCGAGCGCGUGCACACGGUGAGCGCGCCGCAGCUCGGCGUGCACGUGCCUCGUGCGAGCCUGCCGAGGCAGCUUGGCGGGCAGCUGGAACCGGAUCACGCCGCCUGGCUCGAGCACUGUAGAAAUUGUUACACGAAUAACCUGGUCUCGAAGUGCGACGGAGUCAUCGACGACUAUGUAAUUAGCAAUCACAUACCGCCGGUCAAACAACAAAAUGGUAUAAUAAAUGAAGAGGUGGCGUGUGACAUGACCAGCGACCGCGUGCCCCGCCUCGACAACGGCUCUGACAUCAUGCACAUCAGCGGGGACCCCGCCUACACCUGCGACCCCAGCCCGCUGAGACACACGCACGGCUACAAUGGCGACAUGAAGGCCGGACACAUAAACUCCGGCGACGAGGACGACCUAGACAUAAUCACACGCGGCACGUGGUCGUCAGGCGAGGCGUCGCCGGGCCUCUCGGACGAGGAGUGCGGCGGCGGCGGCGCGGGCGAGACCCCCGCCGCGCUGCUCGCGAGGUUACAUUCCCUAGGACGCCGCGGGUUGGUGGCGGAGUACGAGGAGAUAAGAGCCCGCCCGCCCAAUGGGACCUUCCAUCAUGCUAAAUUACCCAGCAAUCUAGCAAAAAACAGAUACACAGACGUGCUCUGCUACGACCACUCGCGGGUGCUGCUGUCGCAAGAGGACGACGACCCCAGCACCGACUACAUCAACGCCAACUACGUGGACGGAUACAAGCAGAGAAACGCUUUCAUAUGCACGCAGGGUCCCUUACCAAAGACCUUUGGCGACUUCUGGCGGAUGGUGUGGGAGCAGGGCAGCCUGGUGGUGGUGAUGACGACGCGCACGGUGGAGCGCGGGCGCGUCAAGUGCGGCCAGUACUGGCCGGUGAGCGAGGGCGCGCGCGCCGUGCACGGGGGCUUCGCCGUCACCACCGAGGCCAUCGAGGUCGAGGAUGACUACGUCGUGUCGCACUUGCUACUUACCGACCUGAGGACUGAGCAGCGGCGCCGCGUGUGGCACGGACAGUACACGCGCUGGCCCGACUACGGCGUGCCGGGCGGCGGCCGCGCGCAGCCCGUGCUGCGCUUCCUCGCGCUCGUGCGGCGCGCGCAGCAACGCGCACGGCAAGAAUUAGGAGACGCGUGGGCGGGCCACAGUAGAGGACCUCCGAUAGUUGUUCAUUGUUCAGCCGGCAUUGGACGAACAGGCACGUUCCUGACGCUGGACAUGUGCACGUCGCGGCUGGCGGCGGAGGGCGUGGUGGACGUGCGCGGCACGGUGGAGCGCAUCCGCCAGCAACGCGCGCAUUCCAUACAGAUGCCCGACCAAUACGUAUUCUGUCACCUCGCACUCUUGGAGUAUGCGGUGAUGCACGGUUACUUAGAGUCCGCAGAUCUGACAGGCUUCGACGAGGACGUGGAAGAGGAGUCCGAAUGAAGACUGUCGCGACAUCUCUGCGUCGUGCUGUGAGCAUACCGUCGCCUGCCGACACAAUCCGUCUGCAUGCCGACAAAACACGCCGGCAUGCUGAUACAACCCGUUGACGUGUCGACACAAGCCGCCGACAUGCCGAUGGAAGACUGCUACAUGCCAACAAAAUAUCAAAAUGCUGAAAGAAGCCGCCGACAGACUGAUGGAGGACGCCGACAUGGCGAUAACAUACUUCGAUAUGCCAACACAACUCGCCGACAUGCCGAUGAAAGCCGUCGACAUGGCGACAAAAUAUGCCGACACGUGAUGCUGUAUUCAAACCCAAGAGUGCCGAACAAUAUUAUGGCCUUACAUAAAUCUUACAUUAUCAUGUAAAACCAUGUUUCAGUUGUAUCACAGUCGGCUUUAUAAAUACCGGUACAAGUGAAGAUUGAAUAAAAUAAUGCCUUAAGUCAGAAUAUCAUUGGCCUGUGGAAAACUGGAGAGUGCUAGUUUUAAAGCCAUAUGCUACAGUACAACAUUUAUAUAAGAUUAUUUCAAAACUAUUCAAUAGCUGGACUGUUCUUCUGUUUAAUGAUAAUAUUGGCUGCGAUUAAACUGUGUAUGUGCAAACUGUGCUACUAAAAUUAUACAAGUGUUCCAAACCAUAAAA